AUGUUGAGGUACGGUACUAGUUUACAAAGAGAGGAGAAUAACUUCUCUAAGAUCAUUGCCAGAACUGCCACGCUAGCUCUAAGGUUGCCUAAAACCAUAGAGAAGUGUCUUCAGUCCAUUCCUCUGUUGAGACAAAAUCGGAACCAUUCCAUAACCCUCUCUCAGGUCCAGAUUUCUUGUCUGCUGGCCAAUGCCUUCUUCUGCACUUUCCCUCGCAGAAACAGCACUCAGCCAAACUCUGAGUAUUCGAAUUUCCCCACCAUCAACUUCAGCAGCCUGUUUGGACAUGCUUCAAAGCAAAAGACACAGAAGCUGAGAGCCAUCCUCCACUACUUCAAUACUGUGACAGAAACAGUGCCAGACGGUCUCGUGACUUUUGAGAGACGCUGCAUUUCUCCCAGUGAUCUCCCAAAGUGGAAAGACAAAAAAGAGAUGCUGACAAAACUUUACAUCUCUCAUGAAGGCUCCAUUGAGAAAGACGGCGAGGGCAUGCUACAGGUGGACUUUGCCUCUAAGUUUGUAGGUGGCGGGGUGCUUGGGAAGGGUUUGGUCCAAGAAGAGAUCCUUUUCCUCAUGAACCCUGAACUGAUUGUCUCCAGACUCUUCACUGAGAAGCUGAAUGACAACGAAUGCCUCAAAAUCACUGGAUCCCAGAAGUACAGUUGCUAUUCUGGCUAUAGUGACAGAUUUGAUUGGAGAGGCCCAUACACUGACAACACCAGCAGGGAUAAGUGGAGGAGAAGACAUCGACAAAUUAUUGCUAUUGAUGCUGUGCACUUCAAAAACCCAAGGGCACAGUACACCAAAGAGAGCAUAAAACGUGAGCUUAACAAGGCUUACUGUGGGUUCAAAGAAGAUGACAAGGUUCCUUCUGAGUACCUUCCUGCCAUCGCAACAGGCAACUGGGGGUGUGGGGCCUUCAAUGGUGACCCCAAACUUAAAGCCCUAAUCCAGAUGAUGGCUGCAGCGGUGGUGAAGAGAGAUUUGGCCUACUUCACUUUUGGGGACAGACGCCUGGCAGAGGAGAUCCGGAAAAUGCACCAACAUCUGAGUAAUCACCAAAUCAAAGUUGACAUGUCUCAUUCCAGCAGUUACCUGCAUGAGGAGCUCCAUUGUCCGAUCUGCCACAGUUUUUUUGUGGAUCCAGUCUCUACUCCAUGUGGACACAACUUCUGCAAAACCUGUAUUGAGAAAAAGUGGGGAAACGCUAAAUCCCACCAAUGCCCAGAGUGUGAAGUGGAAUUUGACAAAGGCCUCAAGCUCAAGAUCAAUAAAUCUUUCGAAAAGAUUGUUUAUUAUUUUAAGAGAACAAAGAAAAGGUCCCAGUCCUUCCCCUGUCUGCAGACUGCGUUCUUUUGUCACAAACCCCUGGACAACCUGCCUCCUAGUCCGAAACGCGCUGCGUCUAUAAACGGGGCCAAAACAGCUGCUAACUGUUCGACUCCUGUUUGGCAGUACAUAGGAGAGGAUUCCACAGGACGGAACACCGGCCACUCCUCUAAGGAGUCAACCUCUUGUCCAGUUGGGAGAUUAGUAGAUGUUGGAGAUGAGACAAAGUCUAAUUUCCCCUCCAAUCCAAAGAACGCCUCCUCCUUGCACAUGCAGGGGACAAAACAGCUGAUAGCUGGAGAAUGGGGGGAAGCUCGACACCAGCUGGGCAGUUCAAAGGAGAGGAAGCCACAGAGAGGUGGGCCAACAAAGGGCCACAAAGUGUCUGUCGCCUGGACGACUUAA